AUGCUUCCACACAUCCUUUUUGCUAGCAUCUAUUCCGGCUACAAGAACACCUGGAAGAAGUGUAUUUGUCCGAGUCUGGAAGCUUUGGAGCAGUUUUGGACUAUUAUGGUGGAGACUGGGAACCCGAACAUUACACCAGCCAUGACCCGAAAAAAAGAUUGGAAGCGGCGGCUGAUACCGCUGGCACUCCACGGUGAUGGAGUGCCGGUGACAGGCCUGGGCAAGUCCUGGGUGAAGACGGUUACAAACUUUGCCUUUUACUCCCUCUUGACCCUGAGCACAUCCACAUGUGACAGUUUGUUUUUUGUGUAUGCCAUGGUGGAUAGGAUGAGAGUCGAUGCCAAAAACUUGACUGGCACCGCACACUAUGUCUUCGUCCUGCUUCGCUGGAGCUUCCAAGCACUCUUUGCAGGUGUUUGGCCGUCAGCUGACCACUUAGGUCAACCGUAUGACCCGGCCUCCGUCGAAGCACAAAGAGCGGGGAAACCGCUAGCUCAGGGCUUCUGCGGAGUCCUGUUUUCAGUGGUGGGGGACUUAGAUUAUUUUGCCACAGUACUGGAUGUGGCGAGGUCGACAUCAGCUACUGCCCCAUGCUUUCGCUGCCGGGCGACGAAAUAUGGAGACAUGUCUUGGCAGGAUUUUAGACCAACAGCCAAUUGGAUGAGCAGUCUUUACUCCCCGGCGACUUGGAAAGCUUUGCCGGCUGCCGAGAAGUCCACGUGCCCGCUGUUGCACAUGCCGUGGACUUCUGUUUGCAAUCUGGAGUACGAUUACAUGCAUUGCAAAUACUUGGGGCUCGACAGGAUCCUGUACUCUUCGAUUCUUUAUCUGCUGAUUUUUCAUGUGCUGACUGGCAGCCCUGAUGCUAACAUGUCUUGGCUGUGGGCGGAGAUCCAGAGGCUUUACAAGCAGUUUGACAGCCAUGGCCACUUUCAGUAUUUGAAUCGAAUAUCAAUGUUUUGGCGGCCCAAGACCAAGAGUUUGAGCCUACGAGGCAAGGCUGCGGAACUGCGAUCGCUGGCCAGGCCGUUGCUUGAAGUAUGGGCCGCCCGAAUGACACCAGGCAUCGCACUUCACAGAAAGCUCCAUCUACUCUUGAAAUUGAACUGGAAAUUGGAGGAGCUGCUGGAGCUGAACAAGUUUGAGGUCGCCUUGGGGCAAGCAGAUGCCAAUGCAUUUCGGGAUGCAAUGACUGGGUUUUUGCUGAUUCAGCAGGAGCUUGGCCAACACUUCAGCGAGCAUCAGCCCAAGCUGUUCUCUUACACAGAAAAGUCACACUAUCUCCAACACUUGGCGCUUCAGUCACGGUACAUCAACCCCAGGUUGGUGUGGUGCUUUAGCGGGGAGGACAUGCAGCGGCGAGUACAGCGACUGACAGCUUCUUGUGCGAGGGGCCAAAGGCCAGGACAGGCUGAAGUGAAGAUGUGCCAUCGCUACCGCAUCGCCUUGCACCUCCAAUUCCAGAAGCACGGGGGGUGA